AUGACGAAAAGUGUCAACCAGGUCUCGAUAGAGCCUAUUGAUGGUCCUCAAGCGUCGGGAGCUGACUAUGAACUCGCACCUUAUCAAGAUGCGACCCCGACCUACAGUGAGGCGACUGGGAAGAAAGGGGCACUGGAACCAGAGAUCACCGCUGUGCCAACUACUCCAGACAGCGCCAGCGACAACUUCGACAAGGCCGACGAUCCAGAUCAUACCAUCGUCACCGGAGCCGAUGCAGCAGUCCACCUUCUACCACUGCGCGACGACGGUGACCCUUCUGUGACCUUUCGUGGUAUCUUCCUGGCGUCAUGUCUCUCAGCUUUUCAAGCUGUCAUGAACCAAAUCUACACAUUCAAACCUACACUAGUCACUAUCCAAGGCACCUUCAUCGUCCUCAUAGCUUAUUUCGUCGGCAAUGCUUGGGCUCGAUUCCUCCCACGCGGCGAUCGCCACUUGGCUAAAUGGAGAGCAAACAAUGGCGACAGUAAGCCACCGUUCUGGAUAUCGGCACUCGUCUUCCUCAACCCAGGACCUUGGGGUCUGAAAGAGCAUGCUAUCUGCUCCAUCACCGCUACCUCCGCGUCGAACGCUGCCGCCGUCUCGAUGGUCUUUGCGGCACAAAAUCUGUUCUACGAUCUGCCCAUCAGUGCCACAACAGUCGUUUUAACCAUGAUCUCGAUUGGAUUGUUUGGCUAUGGCCUCUGCGGUCUGUUGCGCCCUGUCGCCGUUUGGCACGUCGACGCCGUGUACUGGAGUAGUUUGCCCACAGUCAAAACUCUGCAAGGCUUGCAUUGGCAAGAAGUAAAAAACUCGAAACCGCUGCGAUACUUCUGGUAUGCUUUCAUCAGCAUGUUCAUCUACGAAUUCUUCCCCGCAUACAUUUUCCCAUGGCUAAACUCGGUCUCUGUACCUUGUCUGGCUUCAAUGAAGGCCACUGGUGAGAAGGCCGCCGUACUAACCAACCUCUUCGGUGGUGCUACCAAUAACGAAGGUCUGGGAUUGUUCAACCUGUCAUUUGACUGGCAAUACAUCACUUCCUUCAACACUUCUCUUCCAUUGGUUCUCCAAACGCAUGUUGCGAUCGGCGUCUUCGUGUGUAUGAUGGCCAUGUUGGGCAUCUACUACACGGACACCUGGGGAUCAAAGUCACAGCCUUUCAUGUCUACACAGCUUAGAUCUCAGGAGGGAAAGAAGUAUCCUAUCUCGAAAGUCUUCGUGGGCGGUGUUCUGGAUGAAGCUGCCUUGCAAAAGUAUGGCAUUCCACAAUUGACUGGAAGUUUCGCUUACGCCUUGUUCAUGGCAAACGCUGCAAUCGGAGCCCUCAUUGCUCACACUGUCUUGUUCUGGGGCGGUGACAUCAAGCGUACAUACAAGAGCGCCAAAGCUGGCAGGUACGAUGACAGACAUCAUGUUCACAUGGCAAAGAACUAUAAGGAAGUUCCCUGGUGGUGGUACAUGGGUGUUCUUGUCUUCGCUUUCGUCCUUGGCCUUGUUGUUGCGAUCACACAGAACAUCACAAUGCCGGUAUGGGCUUAUAUUGUCUCUCUGAUCGUCGGUAUCAUUGUUGCACCAUUUAGUGUCUUGAUCUACUCACGCUUCGGUAAUGGUAUUGCCACCAACAACCUAUCCAAGAUGAUCGCAGGUCUGGUACUACCCGGCCGUCCCGUUGGCAACAUGUAUUUCGCUGCCUGGUCCCACAACGUCAUCACCAACACUGUCAACCUUUCCAACGACCUGAAGAUGGGAGAGUAUCUCAAGAUCCCUCCUCGUGUCAUGUUCAUCACCCAGAUCUACGGUACAAUCCUGGGCGGCUUCCUCAAUUACGCUGUCAUGAUCUCAAUUGUCAGCGAUAAUGUCGAGCUUCUAGCAAACGGCAAUGGUAACUCUUCAUGGAGUGGUGCAACCAUCCAGUCUUACAACACCAACGCAAGUUCAUGGGCUCUUGCCAAGUAUCUCUACAAGGCCGGCAAGACCUAUGCAGUUGUACCCUACGGUGUUGCCAUUGGUGCCGCGUUUGUCGUCGUCCAUCGCAUCUUCGCUCACUUCGUUCCCAGAAUUCGCAGGUUCUCCACCUACGACCUCAACAUGCCUCAAUUGCUUGCAUACGCCGGUUAUAUCCCUUACAACCAAUCGCAGACUUGUGUUCUUCUGAGUCAGAUAAUCGCUGGCUUUUUCACCCAGUUCUACCUGCGCAACUACCGCCCUCGAAUCUUCAAGGAUUACUCGUAUCUCAUCACUGGUGCCUGGGAUGGUGCUAGUCUUUUGGCUCUGUUCAUCUUGUCGUUUGCAGUAUUUGGCGCUGCUGGAAGUGCUAAGCCUUUCCCAUCUUGGUGGGGCAACAAUGUCAAUGGAAACUAUGAUCUUUGUCCAGUACCUGAGUGA